GCCAGCCAUGGAGCCAGACAACAGCCCCCGCAAGAUCCAGUUCACCGUCCCGCUGCUGGAGCCGCACCUUGACCCCGAGGCGGCGGAGCAGAUUCGGAGGCGCCGCCCCACCCCUGCUACCCUUGUGCUGACCAGUGACCAGUCAUCCCCAGAGAUAGAUGAAGAUCGGCUCCCCAACCCACUUCUCAAGUCCACUUUGGCAAUGUCUCCACGGCAGCGGAAGAAGAUGACAAGGACCACACCCACAAUGAAAGAGCUCCAGACGAUGGUUGAGCAUCACCUGGGGCAACAGAAGCAAGAAGAAGCUGAGGGAGCCGCUGGGAGCACUGGGACCCAGGAGUCCUGUCCACCUGGGAUGCCAGACACAGGAGCAGCGUCAAGGCUGGGCAGCUCUGGGACAGCACAGAAGCCUGCAGGAUCUACCCCCAAAACUCAAGAGAGGUGCAGUGAGGAGGAGCCCUCCACCCACAUGCCACCACCGGAUUCCCAAGGGGCCAAUUCGGUCUGAGAGGAGAAGGUAUCCUGGACUCCUGCAGUUCGGGGAUGCAUGGACACUGGAUCUCUUUCUUAUUCCUUCACUUUGGGGAAAAAAAUCUUGUUUUUAAAAAGUGAUAAAUUUGCUGUUAGGUCCU